GGAGGAGGCGGAAGUUACGUGUCAGUUUACGCGCGAAAUGUGUCAGGGAGCUUAUGAAUUACUUCUAAUGUCGGAACAGAAUUAGUUUUAAAUCAGAUAAAAGUCUCGGUUUCUUGAUCGAUCCGGAACAAAGAUGAAAUAUUUCACCAGGCUCAGAGUCCGGAGGUCGUACGAGUGGCGCGGAGAGCCUCGAAACUUCAACAGGAAGCUGAAAACUUACGAAUACGACUCGUUGGGCAUCAGGGUGGAGGGACUUCCCAGGACCACGGUCAUCAACGCCGGCCAACACAUCCUGAUCGAGGGAGACGACGAAGACCAGCCGUACGUGGCCCGGGUCGUCCGUCUGUUCGAAGACGAGAGCGGGAUGCAGAAGAAGGCGGCCGUCCAGUGGUUCGUGCGCGUGUCCGAGGUGCCUUUGAGCAAACUGCAGCUUCUGGGCCGAGAGCCUCAUCCCCAGGAAAUCUUCUACUAUCAGGGCCGGAGCUGCGACGACGAGGUCAACGUGGAGUCCAUCCUCAGACCCGUGCAGGUGAAGCACCUUGACGCCGCUGCUCCGUUCCCUGACUCCCCCGACAGAGACUCUCUGUACGUGAAACUGUCCUGGGACUCUAAGACCUUCAGGUUGGUGGCCUCCUCCCUGGUGGAGUCUCUUCCCUCCUCCUCCUCCUCCCCCUCCUCCCGUCCUCGUCACACCAAACCCUCCCUCCCUCCCUCACCCCCCGGCACCCCCCACGCCGCCACCCCGGCCUCCAGGGGCCCCUCCCGCCGGGCCCUGCCCACGCCGGACCCAGUCGUCAUGCGCCAGGCGGCGUUGGGGGAGGUCCGGGGGGGCGGGGCCACCAUGAGCGCCGGAAAGGCCGCGGAGGCCGAGUCGCUUCACUCCGCCUCCAAACUGUCGGCGUCUAAAUGUCUGAGCGCCAAGAGGAGGAACGCCACGGCCAGGACGCCGGGGGUCCGCAAGAAGCUGCAGCUCCUCAGUCCAGAGAAGAAGGAGGAGGAGACGAGCGGCGAGGACGCUCUGGGACAGGUGCUGGAGGACGAGCUGGAGUCGUCUCCUCUGUCCUUGUCCCCCCCCCGGCCCUCCACCUUCAGCCUCACCCCUCUCAACAAGACCCCCAGAGCCCCCGCCGCUCUGGACAGCAUCUCCCUGAAGCCCAUCAGCGUCGUCCUCAAGGACCUGGACAGUCCCCCUCGUCCGUCCCUGAGGGACGACUCCAGCAGUCCUCAGGGGGCGAAAACGCCACAAAGAAGAAGAGGAAGAAGCACCCCGAGGAGAAGCUUGGCCACCAGGGGGCAGACAGCGACCACUCCUUCCAGAAAGAAAGAACCCAGGACGCUGAAGGAGCCGGCGCUGGCGAUGCUGGCUGAGGUGGAUAACGAGAACUCUCCGAUGCUUCCGGACGUGGCCACGCCGAGGAGCUCCAGGAGGAAGUCGGCCAUGUUGGUGUCGUCUCGCAUCAGGAAGCAGCUGAAUCUUCUGGACAACAAAGUGGACGUGGACUCGGACGUGGAGGACGAGGACGAGUUUGUCCCGUCUAAGAAGGAGCUGGAGGAGGAUGAUGCCGAUGAAGAUGAAGAGGAGGAGGAGGAAGAAGAGGGGGAGGAGGUGGAUAGUGAUGAAGAGGUCGUGGUGAAGAAGAGCCGCCGGGCGGCGUCUGGUUCUCAGACUCCUCGAUCCAAACGGAAAAGUCGCUCCUCGACCAGAACUCCGAGAAAAACCCCAAACAAGAAGAUCAUGCCCGGGACUCCUCGGACCCCCCGUCACGCCACCCCCAGUAUCCCCAGCAGGUCUCAGCCGGCCCGUCAACCCGCUAACGUCCUGGAGGAGGCCAGAACCAGGCUUCACGUGUCCUCGGUGCCGGAGUCUCUGCCCUGCAGGGAGCAGGAGUUCCAGGACAUCUACAGCUUCGUUGAGAGUAAAAUCAUCGACGGCACCGGAGGGUGCAUGUACAUCUCGGGCGUCCCGGGGACGGGGAAGACGGCGACGGUCCACGAGGUGAUGCGCUGUCUGCAGCACGCCGCUGACUCCGACGAGAUCCCUCCGUUCCACUUCAUCGAGAUCAACGGGAUGAAGAUGACCGACCCUCAUCAGGCCUACGUCCAGAUCCUGCAGAAGCUGACGGGUCAGAAAGCCACGGCCGACCACGCCGCCGCUCUGCUGGAGAAGAGGUUCAGCCUCCCGGCGCCCAGGAAGGAGACCACGGUGCUGCUGGUGGACGAACUGGACCUGCUGUGGACCAGGAAGCAGAACGUCAUGUACAACCUGUUCGAUUGGCCGACGCGACGCCACGCCCGCCUGGUGGUGCUGACCAUCGCCAACACCAUGGACCUGCCCGAGCGGAUCAUGAUCAACAGGGUGGCCAGUCGGCUGGGUUUGACCCGGAUGUCGUUCCAGCCGUACGGCUUCAAGCAGCUGCAGCAGAUCAUCAUGUCCAGACUCAACAAGGUGAAGGCGUUCGAGGAGGACGCUCUGCAGCUGGCGUCCAGGAAGGUGGCGGCUCUGUCCGGAGACGCCCGCCGGUGUCUGGACAUCUGCCGACGAGCCACGGAGAUCUGCGAGCACUCGUCCCCGGGGACGUCGUCCUCCGCGGGGCUGGUGGGGAUGAGCCACGUGAUGGAGGCGCUGGACGAGAUGUUCUCCUCAUCCUACGUCGCCGCCAUCAAGUGCGCGUCGACGCAGGAGCAGCUCUUCCUCAGAUCCGUCAUCGCAGAGUUUCGGAGGCUGGGAUUGGAGGAGGCCACGUUCCAGCAGGUGUUCGUGCAGCACCAGGCUCUGUGCCGGGUGGAGGGUCUCCAGCCCGUCGGCGUCUCUGAAGGUCUGACCGUGUGCCAGCGUCUGGGCUCCUGCAGGUUACUGCUGCUGGAGUCCAGCCGCCUGGACGUCCUGCAGCGCAUCCGCCUCAACGUCAGCCAGGACGACGUGCUCUACGCCCUGAAGGCCGACUGAGGGAGGAGGAGCAGGAGGAGCAGGAGGAGGAGGAGGAAGAGGAGGAGGAGGAGGAGCAGGAGGAGCAGGAGCAGGAGGAGGAGGAGCAGGAGGAGGAGGAGCAGGAGGAGGAGGAGGAGGAGGAGGUACUCACACCUCACACCUCAAACCAAUUCACUACUCAGACUCUUCCAUCUGUUCUUUCUGUUAGUGGGAGACUUUGUGACGUCCCCGGUUUUAAUUGAAAUGUGACGUUUAGCUCUCGUGUUUAUUCUUAACUUUUUUUUUUAAAUGUUGAAUAUGCAAUAAAGCGCCAUCUUUGAUAUAAA